CUCGCCAUGUUCCACACAAUAGCACGUCGGUUAGCGCAGCCUGUCGCUCAAGCUUCCCGUCGAUGUCCGACGGUCCGUCACCCCGCUACAACACCAUCCUGCUUUCUUAGGAAGCAGCAUACGAACUCUGCCCCUGAGCAACAACUGAGCGUAAUAAAAGAAAGCACAGCGUCCUCUGGCGCAGAGUCGUCGAAAGACGCAGUCGCAAGCGUGCGGAGUAUUUUACGGGAGUAUAUUGACAAGCCUAUCCCGCAAUCACCAAAUGAUUCCCGACCACACUUCACUCCCGACCAAUUUGUCAAAUAUGUGCGUCAGCAGGACCACAGAUUGGCCUGGGAUGCUUACAAAUAUCUCGAAAGGAAUGAUAACUUGAAGGAAAUUGGCUUGGACGUAUUCAAUGGUUUUUUGCGGUUAAUAAGGUCACACACCUUGUCCUGGGGUGCCAGGCUGACGAAAGAAAGUCGUAUCCGCACUGCGGAAGGGAUCAUUGCUACUAUGCGUAAGAAUGGGCUUGAGCCAAAUACACCUACGUAUGUUGCACUGGCCUCAUACUACGCCUAUGCGGGUCAGGUCAAAAAGGUGCAAAAGAUCUGGAAGAUCAUGGCUGAACGCGGAUGGAACCUUCCGCGUGUGGCUCCCUUUAUCUUACUUACUGCGAAGGCUUGGGACCGGCCUACAGAUGCCUUGAAGGAACUCGAGGAUAGCGUGGGGCGGUAUCCAAUUGCACAAUUGUCCGGACCUUACAAUGCACUCCUUGAACACGCUGUACAGUUGAAGCAGGACGAUCUUGUUCAGCGAGUAUUGUUAUUUGGAAAGGAUAACGGGUUUUUGCCAGAUGGACGGACAUAUGACAUUUUGAUAGAAUACUUUGCCUCCAGCAAAGGCGAUAUCGAAGAAGCUCGGAAGCUGGUAUACAAGAAGUUGGAGAAUGGAUACGGAAGAACCACGCGUUCCUAUAAUUCUCUCCUUCGCGGCUUUCUUCGAGCGAACCGUGUCCUUGAAGCAGACAAAAUUUUGAGAGAAAUGGAGACUCACGGUGUCCCCGCGAACACCGUCACAUACAAUCUGAUGCUGACCGCUUAUUGGCAUCAACGAGAUCCAAUAGCGGCGAUGCGCAUGUAUAUUUCAAUGCUAGUUAAGCGCGUUGGCCCCAAUCGAAACACACAUGCAGCGCUUUCCAAAUCGGUAGGAAUGUAUACGGCGGGACUUCGAAACCUGAUUGAGCGAGCUGGGGCAUUCCCGAGUCCUGCAUUGUACAAGGGUAUUUUGGAAGGCUUUCUGGAGGACAAAGAAUACCGUCAGGCCAUUGCUUUGUUGCGCGAAUAUCGGAAGGAACAUAAGCGCAAUAGCCACCGAUGGCCGAUGACCGUUGAUAUCCUCAAACUUGAACUUUCAUGCCUUUCGAAGCUGGGCCGAGGGGAAGAUGCGGAAUCGACUUUUGAAGAAAUAUCCACACAGGCCGAAAGUGGAGCAGAUUUCUACUCUUACAAUGCAGUCAUUUCCGCUUUUUCCAAAGCACCACACAAAAAUCCCGAAAAGGCAGCGUAUUAUCUCGACCGAAUGAAAAAGGCUGGGUUGGAACCUGACCAAUAUACUUACAACGGACUCAUAUACAGUGUGUGGGACGCAGGCAAACCCUUGAACCAACAGGCGCUAGACUACGUGCGGGAAUAUGUCCAAACCAGGAAGGAAGCGCCAGGGAAGUUGCAUCCUACCGAUGGCAUAACCAGAGUGCUGCAAAUCAUUGGGGAGGGGGACCAACUGAAGGGGUUUCAGAUAGUGGCGUCCGGACAGACCAUCGAUUUGACGAAAUUGGCACCCAUUGACCCUGAGCCUCAAGAUGAGCCUCAAGAGGGGAAGGCGCUCUUGGACGCUUUCAGUGAAAAAAAGGUGUCUGUCGAUGAGGAUCUGUGGAGAGCAGCGGGCUAAAGAGGCAUGAUUGAUAACAUAUAGAGUACAUCGUUGACCGGAGGACGUAGGGUCGACUUCCGUUGACUCGACGUGAAUAUAAUACUUAAGCAUA